UCCAGUCGUGUACGAGCUGACCGAAGAGAAGGAUCCUCUUCUACUGUUGUUGAGAUAAGGGCAGGACUGACUGAGAUUUCCUCGGAGGGAAGCCUUCCUGGUGACGGCCGGCAGAUUGAAAAGAGAUCCUGCAGGAGCAUUUGGCUGUUCCGCCUGAUUCUUCUCAGUGAUUCCUUCUGGUCAUCCAUUGAGGAGCCCCAAAAUCAGCACAUGCUAUCCAAGGAUGGCGAAGGCGGCGCCACCCUCCAAGAUGUCGGCACUGACACGAUAUUUAUGGUGGGCGGCUGGACCAAGGACGACCCAUCCUGUCUGGUGGAGCAGUUCCGUCCUGAAUUGAACGAGUGGAGGACGGCGGCUCGCAUGGUCAAGCAGAGGGGUGAGGUGGCCGUGGGCACCUUGGACAAUAAGAUGUACGCAGUGGGUGGGGAAGACAACCUCCGAUGUUACAGUCACGUGGAGAGGUACGACCCAGACACAGACAGCUGGAGUGCGGAUGUAGCACCCUUGAGCAGCCCCCGCACUGGAGUGUGCGUGGUGGCCAUGGACGGAUACUUGUACGCCAUUGGAGGACACGACGGCAUUGCAGCCGUGAAUACCGUGGAGAGGUACGAUCCACAGAUGAACACUUGGAGCAAGCAGGCGCCCAUGCUGACGAGACGCGCCAGAGCUGUGGCUGCCGUGCUGGGUGAUCACUUGUAUGUGAUUGGAGGCAAUGAUGGAGUCCUGGCACUCAAUUCAGUGGAGCGAUACAGCCUCGAAGACGGCACCUGGUCCAUAUGUGCCCACAUGUCCACUCCCAGAGAGAAUGCGGGCUGCGCCGUGUACCUGGGACACAUCUACGUGGCCGGGGGCAGGGACGACCUCGGCUUGUGUCUGUGCUCGGCGGAGCGCCUCGACCCGGACACCAGCAGGUGGGCUCCUGUCAAACGCAUGAGAAGCAAGAGAGACAACGUGUCUCUCGUGGUGUUCAAGGGUGCUUUGCUGGCCGCGGGGGGCUCCGACGGCGUUGCGGAUUUGAAAACAAUCGAAGUUUACAAUAGUGAAAGCAACGCUUGGAGACACUUUGGAAGUAUGAAGAGCAAGCAUCCAGGAGGCAGAGCGGCCGUGCUUUACUGAGCAAUGGCGCGUUAUGCCAUGAGCGGGACAGAAGUGAUCGAGACAAAGAUAGGCUAAUGGAUGCCAGUGCCAGGCUUGAGGACGUGCUGUGAUAAGCUUCAAUCCCUGGCAGCAUAAUGACUGAAUAAUUGAACAGUUUGCUCAAAAAUGAGUUGCAUUAGUAAACCGCUGGUGGAAAACAAGUCCACGCAUUGAAUGGAAGCACAUUAGAGGCUACAAGGUUACAUCACUGCUAUUUUUAUGUCCCCUUCUUGCAUAGAAAAAUGGAUCUUUUAGAGGCGGUCUAUACAUGCAUGGACAAUAAGAGGGGGUGACUAAGUGUUGUGCGGAUUAUGUAAAGUGCAGCGGAAGCUCUUGGGUCAUUUCAAGCCAGGGAAUCAUGGAAGAGAGUGCUGUUUACAAAGAUGUUAACAACAGGUCAUAUUAAGAUGAAAAAAAACGUUUACAAUGUACUAGCAUACUAACCAUGUCCAUCCCGCACCUGAAAGCUGAUUCGAUACGUAGCUCGAUACGUGGGGUGUGAUACAAUUCAAGAAGGGGUUACGAUUCCAUUCGAUUCAAUGGUUGAUAGGAGUUUCUUGUUGUCAUUUUACGUACAUACGAAUGAACUUGUCAGCACUCUCAAUGUGGUUUUCAAAGAUGCAUCUCGUCAGUAAAAGACGAUUUGAUACGUAAUAUAGCUCAACAUAAUUUGGAAUUUUUUUCAAUUUGGAAUUGAAAAAAAUUGAAAAUUCAAACAUAAAGUGGGACGAUUGGAUUGCUCAGGUCCAACCCCUUCUCCUCAUUAGGGUCUCUGUAUAAAAGAUGUACCUCAAAAGUUAAAUAUGAAUGAACUGUAUUUAAGCAGUGAUGUAUUUUUGCUCACCACUAGGGGGAGCCCCCACACGACACUUUGAGAAUCAGCCUUUACUAGUCUCUCAGCGAUGUUCUUGACAUAAUGAACAGAAAGUAAAUUAUAGUAGUAGCGUAUAAAGAUUUUUUAAAAAUCUUGCACGAUGUUCGCUAACCUCACUGAACCUCAGUUCAGCAAGCGUUAGGAAUCUUUUCGAUUUUCAUUAUGUCUCGCAAUCUUCAUUAAAGUUUGAUGAGUUUACCUGUAAAUGUGAGUGAUGAAUGAUGUUUUAAUGUAUUCAUUACAGAAUAUUUUGAAGCAUUCAUGUUGUUGUAUGACGGUGACAGCUGAAUCGAUUCUUCAUAUUUUGAUGAUGUCCUGUGAGGAAGGGAAGCAAAGGAGACAAAUUCCUGAUACAGAUUGCGUUCCACUGCGACAACAUUUCAGUGGAAGCAAAGACUGGAGUAAAAAGGUGUUUGCAAAGUGAGAUGAGAUUUUGAGAAGCUGCAAGAAGUGCAGAGAGAAUGCUAUAAAAGUGAAAUAUUGUAUCAAUAUACUGGAAAUAAAAUCGUGUUCCUUCCAAGCA